AUGGAGAUACGCCGAGAUCGGGGCUCCCGCCCCUCGGCAUCGUGCAUGACUUUUUCGGCUCAAGCCUGGCUCAAGCCGUUUGAAGUGCACAGCUUGACCAUGCGACGUUUAUCGGCGUUGACGGUUGCUGCGGCCAGCCUUGCAAUACGCGCGGCAGAGCCAAUCCGCGUCCUCUUUGUCGGCAAUUCGUACACAUAUGUCCACGACUUGCCCCACCAGUUUGAGCACGUCGCCGAAAGCCUCGGGGCCGACGUUGAGGUGAACAGUUCGACGAUCGGUGGUUGUACGUUGUACGCGCAACAGGCCGAGUUUGACAAUGCAACUGCUGCGCUUCUUGCGCAGGGCUGGGACUACAUCGUUUUGCAGGACUACUCUGUGCUGCCUGCGGUCCAGAAGGCGCGGGAGUUGUACUUGGAGCCCGCGGUGCGUGGUUUCAUCAGUCGCAGAGGACGGGCCAAGAUCGUUUUGUAUAUGACUUGGGGCUACCAUUCCGGCCUAGACAGUGCCUGUCCUUCCAGCGACGUCGGUAAUUGUUUUCCGUUAGGGAAGUUGGAAGAUUUGACAGAUCCCAGUUGCCACGUCAGCAGGUCUUUCCAGGAUAGCAUCGGGACCUUCGAAUGCAUGGGCUAUGCUCUUGCGCGGGGCUACUUCGCCGCCAAAGACGUCGGGGCAGACCUCGUUGCUCCUUGUGGCUUGGCCUGGCAGGUCGUUCGCGGCUCGAAAGCCGUCCCUGAUGGCUGCCGGGCGGCCAUUGACGCGCAGUACGACAAGCCUGCUCCGCUGGCGCUGCCCCUUCAGGUCCCAGAGGGUGAGGACGGCGCACUUCAGCUCUACAUCAUGGAUCCGCGUACUAGGUUUGAUGCUACGUUGGGGACGAAAGCAAAGACGAUGUACGACAAGCACCAGAAUCUGGCAGGAUGCUAUCUGAACGCGCUCGUCCUCUACACCACGAUCUUCGGCAAGUCGCCCCUGGGCAGCGCACCGCCCAACGCGCCCCUGACCGACGCCAACCUUGUGACUUUGCAGAAGGCCGCCCAGGGCGCAGUCAGGGAGUGCGGCGCUGCAUGCGGCCAGGCUGCCUCCGCAGCAGGGGCCGCCGACGAUGCUGGGGACGGCGGCAGGCCAGGGCCGCGCGACGCUUUGCUAGACGUGCUGCCGUUCCAGGGCCGCUCGAGGAACGGCGUCUUCUCGGACCGCGGCGCGUGGCACGGCUUCGCGCUCCCCGCUGGCGAGGCCGAGGUGGGCGGCUUCUCGGGCCCCAUGGUGCACGGCCAGUGGAACGGGGCGAAGCGCAUCUGGAUGAGCCCCAAGGCGCUGGUGCGCUUCGCGCCGAGCCAGAACUGGGGCGAGGCGCUGCCGAAGCCCUCGGGGCUCGCCGCGGGCUUCGUGCCCGGCGCCCUGCGGCAGGAGUAUUAUCUGGGCAAGCUGCUGGUGAAGCAGGAGCUCGCCUUCGUCGGCCGCCGCGUGUCCGCCGUGCGGGUCGCGGUGACGAACACUGGCCGGGCGGCGCUUGGCCUCCAGUUCAACUACGAGGGCACCGCCGAUGCCGAGAGCCAGCUGAAGGCGGCCAACCCCGCCGCCGCCUCGGGCGACAGCGCGGGCGUGUCGCUGAGGGUGCCCGUGAGCGAGGCCACGAAGACGAAGGGGGCCUUUCAGCCAGUCGUGAACGUGCGCUUCGACCCCUCGUGGGCUUACCACGUUUCCGUUAAGGAGGGCACGUCGUACUCGACCAAGUCGGGGGAUCCCUACUUGAUGAUGCCAGGCCAGAGGCGGGUGGUGUACUACACCGUGUCGCUGUGCAUCGAUGAGAACGAGCAGCGCGAGGCAAAGGAGCUGUCCAGGCAGUUCUUCGCGGAGCCGGAGGGCUUCUUCCGGACGGCCGCGGAGCGCUGGGACGGUUACUUGCGGUCUACGGUCGGCGACGUCGGGAGCGGUGGUCCCUCGGAGCUGCAGCGCAUCGCGGCGAAGGCUGUCAGCACCCUGAUCCUGAACUGGCGGGGGGCGAGCGGCACCACGCUGCUGCACGACGGCGUGCAGCCGUCGAUCACCACCUUCCACGGCUUCUGGGCGUGGGACUCCUGGAAGAAACACGCAGCCGCCCUAUCAAUGUUUGACCUGGAGCUGGCCAAGUCCCAGCUGCGGGUGAUGUUCGACUUCCAGGGGACCAGCGGCGGCAAAGAGGGUAUGGUCCCGGACAAGGCGAACUUGCCGCCCGAGGGCGGGCAGGCGUGGGGCAACACGAAGCCUCCGCUGGCCGCCUGGGCCGCCUGGCUGGUCUACCUCCGCGGGGGGCGAGACGUCUCCUUCCUGAAGGAGAUGUUUCCGAAGCUCGAGGCCUACCACGGGUGGUGGUUCCGCUUCCGGGACCACGACCAGAACGGGCUUUGCGAGUUCGGGGCCACGGGCAACAGCACCCAAGCAGCAAAGUGGGAGAGCGGCAUGGACAACGCCCCCCGCUUCGACGGCCUGAGGGGCCUGCUGAGGAACGGGCCGAAGGGGCAGGGCUGGAGCGCCGCCCAGGACUGUCUGUCGACUUGA